CAAACAGGUGAGGAGAGACACAAGAGCUUCAAGUCCCAGACUUAACAAAAAUAAUUUGGAUACAGCUGUAACUUGAGAGGCUCAUUACUGAGAACAUGUACAAAGUGGAUUUGCCUAUAGACCAGUCCAUAGAAAAUGCUUUGGAGAGGCGAAGGUCUGCAGAAACAGCACGUAAAGCCCGGAUCUACAACACUCGUCUACGUGUGAUGGGUCUCGACCUUGCUGCUCUCGACCAACAGGUUCAGGAGAAAAAACAUCAGCAAUACAAGGAGAAACAACGGGACAAAGCUUUCGAUAAGCUGAGAGAGUAUCACGAUGAAGCUCUGCUGCAGCAAGACUUUGAUGAAAAAGAGAAACAAGACGCUUUGCAAGCUGACCUGACCCAGUAUUGGGCCACUCAUCAGCGUGUAGAAGACUCACGAGAUGUUGAUCUCAAGUGUGGCCAGAAGGGGGUGCUCAGUAUCACCACUCCAGAGGGUGAGAUGGGGCCUGCCUGUAUGACAAUCUUUCAGGGAGAGGAUAUUGGAGAGGAGCAAAGGAGGAGAGAACAAAUGAAAAAGACAGACAGAGAUCUACGAGCACAGAAGGAAGACAAUGAGAGAAGGCACGUGGGAGAAAAGCAAAGAGAGAUGAUCGUGAACAAAGAGUUGGUGCUUCAGGACCUUAGGGGGGUUCAGCUACAUGCAUUAGACGAGGAGUGUAAGAAAGCUGCUCGCAUGGCACUCGACAACUACAAUCAAGCUCUGACUGCAGAGAGGGCAGAGAGACUGAAGGAGCAGCACAGGAGAGAGGAAAUGGAGAAACGUGCAGAGAUGCAGCACACUCUGACAUCCGACAUUAUGACAGAGUGUGCAGAGGCAGCGGAGAGAGAGUUACGAGGAAGGCGGUCGGCCCGGGUCCUGGUGGACAGGUGGAAGGGAAUGAGCCCUGAGCAGCUGAGCGCCAUCCACAAGGAGAGAGAAGAACAGGGUCAGGAGAGAGAGAGACAACGUGUCACUGAGAAGAUUCAGGAUGCAGCUUGGGAACUCCAGCUCCUGAAGCUGUCCAGAGAAGCAGAGAAGGAGGAAAGGAGAACAGAAGAGCUGAGGAGAGAGAAGAGGAUUCAGACGGGUCAUUACAACAUGCAGCUGGCCAGAGAGCAGCAGGCACAUCAGGAGUUCCUGAACAAGAAGCUAUACACCAACAAACCCAGCAAGGAUUACUUUGAUCAGUUCAACACCAGCUCCCGCUGACCGCCACACACCGUCCCCCUGCGACAAUGUGAUAAUAAAAUCUCUUAAUUGCUCACACUCAAUGUUAAUUGAAUCAUCAUUAAGUAAUUCUUGCUGAAUUCAAAGUGACAUGGCAUGGAUUUUAUUCCCAGAUACUUGUGAAAAGAAGGAACCCUUUUAUUGGUACAGAUUGUAGUGGACGUGUUUUAUUUUUCACUCAUAAAUUCAGUUACAGUGGUUGAUUCAUAAUGCAGUUACAGUUAUAUUCGCUCAUAUGUGGUCCACCCAACUCUUGUCAUUCAGCAAUGAUACCUUAAGAUGCCAUCAGUCCCAUUGUGCUCACCACUCUCCACAAAGAGGCACAUCUACACCCCGGCUGUGACACUCCUUUCUCCUCCCCUUAUUUCUCUCACCACCACCCUCCCACUCAGGUAUUUUUUUUUUUUAAAUCUGUCUGCUUUUUUUUUAUUUCUGAAGAAGCAGCUCUUAACAAACCAAUUCAUAUUUUUUUUUACAGGUUUUUAUGUUUUAGAUAUUAUAAAAAGGGGGGAAACGAGCAGAAAAGCAAAGGCCAGUGUCCUCAGCUUUCCCCUUGACACAUGAAAAGCAAAGAGUGGCAGUCGAGUGAGUAUCUGUGUGUGUACACUCAUUCCUCAUUCAAAGCUAACAUUUGCCCUGAACACUGACAAACACAGAUGUUUAGCAGCAGAUAGUCAAGUUAGAAUAUUGGCAUAUUUUUUGGCCUUCAUCACUCCUAUAUGAAAAUAUAAUUAUUUUUUAAAAAGCUUUAUCUGUCCUGAGUGUGUCUGUGUAACCAACAGCAGGGAGUUUACUCACACCUCCUUCAGUGCCACUAGCCUGUUUAGACAUCCCUUUUACUUUACCUCAGGGACUGUCAGGUGAUGUUUGGCCAGUGUCAAGCUUUUAUUUGGAUAGGGAGAACUGAGGCAGCAACGUUGCAUAUAGGUACUCCCUGUGGUAUGCACAAACCAGCUCACUGCAUCUCAUAACUGCAUCAGACUGAAACUCCACAGAUAUUCACUGCGCUGCAAUGCAUUGCAAGAUGAUUAUGGGCAUAAACGCAAUCUUAGCUCUUAUUGUAAUGGAAAUACUACUAGCACUAAAUGACACUAAUGUACAUUGUUUUGGAUUUUCAAUAUGUGAAAUUUUGCAAACAUCUACAGAACAAUUUGAAUGUUUCCCCUUUUUAUUUUUUUACCCACCUCAACCGUGAUUUUUUUUGCAGCUAAAUUUCACUGCAAUUAUUUGUCAAAAGUGGAAAGUUUGCAUUUACAGCAAUAGUACAAAGAAGAAAAAUUACAACUUGCAACACUUUAAAACUAAGUUAAGUGGUUUCAAACCUGCACAUUUUCAUAUUUGUAUAUCAAACAUGGUUGGGUUCAUCAAAACAAUCUUUGAGGGUUGUAUUUACAUUCUGUGGAGGAAAAAAACUGUUCUUCACAUAACCACUCCAGCAUUUUGUAGCUCAGAUCUUCUUUUAAUCAGUAGCAUGUAAAUACAAUGUCUGCCCAGCUCUGAAAAGAAUACAUUCUCUGUGUUUGAUGUAAAUACCAACUGCUUGCCUUAAUCAUACAUCAACUGACAAUAAUUACACCUGUCUGCAAUAUCAACUUGCAAUGAAAAGGGUCUGAAAAUAAAACAUGAGAGCGUCUGCCCACAA